AUGGAUGUCUUGCAGAAACUUUUAAAGAUAUGUGCAGAAAAGAAAUCUGCUAUCGGUUAUGGCUUCCUGACACUUGUAACAGCGGGAGGACAGCAGUUGUUUUCCCUGGUUGUGUUCCAGUGUCCCUGCAACGAGCACAAUAUGAUGUAUGGCUUUGUUUUUAUCUUAGCUCCGGCUAUUGUACUCACAAUCACAAGUUUCUUCUUGAGUAGCAGGACUUGGAAAUUUUUUACAGGUUGCUGUUUAAAUCCAGUGAAGAUGUUCCCUAAAGAGAAUCGAUGUAAAGGUCUUUACGUCUUUGUACAGCUGAUACUACAUGCUCUUAUAGUUCCUGUCAUGUGGAUUUCUAUAGCCUUGCUGCACGGAUCUUUCUAUGCAUGUGCCAUGAGCGGCUGGCAGAAUCCGGACUAUAUCCAGUAUCUGUGUAAGUACAAAUCUGAACGUUGUCAGAGUCAGCUUUUCAAGGUGACCUGUAACAGAACAGCAAUGCCUGGCAAUGAAACUCUAGAAGUUGUUCUACUUCUACAAGCUCAAUCGCAGGUUAUUGGAUGGUGUUUUAUAGCUAUACUUGCUUCGCUAGCACUUCUAUGUGCCUGUUGGUCUAGGUGUCGAUCCAAUGUAAGCUCUGUUCAGAAAGCAUUCUGGAAAAUGUAUAUUGACAAAGAAAAGGAGAAAUUUGAGGAAUUGGUUCAGGAAUAUGCCACCAAACUUGCUGAAAGGAAUCUGAGAAGUUUCUUUGAAAACAAGGACCCAGAUGACUUUAAGCUGCCAACUAGCAAAGCUUGGGAGAAGAUUUCAGCAUUGUAUACUUUCAAUCCAGAUCAGCAGUACUAUAGUACUCUUCAUAGAUUUGUUGAACAUGGAGACAAUGACAGCGUCAAAGACGUUAUAAUGGAUUUUGUAGAAAGACAAAUAUAA